UAGCAAACGUGCAUUUGUACCCUUGCUUGGUCGGUAAGUUAGAACUCAACAAUACCAUGAUCAGUGAGGAACGCUCAUGAGUUUGUUGUGAAUCAAAGAAAUUAUUCUUUUCAAAGACAAAAGUGUGUUAUUAUUAGAUCAAAUGGCAGCACAACGUGCAUUACCACAGAGCAAAGAAGCCUUGUUGAAAUCGUAUACAACGCGAUUGAAGGAUGAUGUUAAAUCGAUGUUAGAAAAUUUCGAAGAAAUCGUCAAGCUUGCCAAAGGUGAAAAUGACUCGCAACUAUCACGGAUGGCACAAUGCGAGCAGGACACGUUUGAAAUGCAUGUCAGAGCAGCUAAUAUCGUUAGAGCUGGUGAAUCUCUGAUGAAGUUGGUUUCAGAUAUAAAACAGUAUCUGAUCCUUAAUGAUUUUCCAUCUGUUAAUGACGCUAUAGCUCAUAAUAGUAAAUUAUUCAGAACGAAGCAAGCCGAAUGUGAUCAGAAACUAGCAUCUUUAAGAGACGAUAUGGCAGCUGAUUUGUAUGACCUAGAAGAAGAAUAUUAUACUUCGAUAUAUAAAUAACAUCUGUUAAAUCUUAGGAAAUUUCUAAUUCUUUAAGUUCGUGAUAUCAUAAACUUUAAAUAUUUAUUUAAAUAAAUAGGAUUAAUUUUUAUAAGAUGACUCUCUUAUUUGUUUUCAUUGAUUAUGGCAAUACACAUAGAAUAUGAAGUAAGA